CGCAAGUUUCCUGCGCGACCCUCGCCGCUCUGUCUGCACGCUCGCCGCGGUGUUUGUAUCGCGCGCACUCUCGAAGCGCUCGGUGCGUUUGUCGGCGGCCCGGCGUGAAUGCGCGCCCGGCGACCAGACGGGCGAAUAAUCGAUAAUUUCCCGUUUUCGUGCGCGACGCAUCGCCGUGACAUCGGUCCAGUGCGAAAAUUUAACCUCGAAUGCGCCAGCUUCGUCGCAGCACUCCGGAUGUUCCGCCAGCAAUGGACGAGGAAUCGCAUCUGAACGGCCAGCCGGCCGCACCGGUUGCGUCACGUCUCACUUCUAGAAAUGUCAACAAUGAGUCGGUGCAAGUAAUAGUCCGAUGUCGACCUAUAAGUUCAAAGGAAGAGUCAGCAGAUUGCGCGUCAGUGGUGAACGUGUACUCACAACGAGGUGUCAUAGAAGUAGACAAUCCCAAGGCGAAAUCUGAUAACGAAUCCAAUAAAGUUUUCACUUAUGAUGGCGUGUAUGAUUGGAAUGCAAGUCAGCAGAGUAUUUAUGACGAAACAAUUCGUCCUUUGGUUGCCUCCGUCUUGGAAGGUUACAAUGGCUGUGUAUUCGCAUAUGGGCAAACCGGAACCGGAAAAACGUUCACAAUGGAAGGCGGUGCGGAUGAAGAAAACAAAGGUAUCAUCCCACGUGCGUUCGAUCAAAUCUGGGCGCACAUCAAUCGCACCACCGGAACUGAAUUCCUUGUCUCCGUUAAAUAUCUCGAGAUUUACAUGGAGGAAAUUCGUGAUCUUUUAAAAACAAAGAAUCCGAAACCAUUGGAAUUGCGUGAGAUGUCCGGCAGUGGUGUAUUCGUUUCACAUUUGCAUUCGCAGACAUGUCAGAGUGCUGAUGAUAUGUUGAAAGCUAUGCGAAAUGGUAACCAUAAUCGCACGACAGGUGCCACUAAUAUGAAUGAACAUUCCAGUCGUUCGCACGCCAUUUUUCAGAUCUCUAUCGAGAUGGCCAAGAAUGACACCAAGGCGGUACGCGUGGGGAAAUUGAACUUGAUUGAUCUGGCAGGUAGUGAGCGACAGAGCAAGACUGGAGCGACAGGCAAUCGUCUGAAGGAAGCCACGAAGAUUAACAAAUCGUUAUCGGCGUUGGGAAAUGUAAUUUACGCGUUGGCUGAGAACUCCUCGCAUAUACCGUAUAGAGAUUCAAAGUUGACGAGACUACUUCAGGAUUCCUUGGGUGGAAAUUCAAAAACCAUCAUGAUUGCGAACAUUGGGCCGGCCAGUAUGAAUUAUGAUGAGACAAUCAUCACUCUACGGUAUGCCUAUCGAGCCAAGUCAAUCAAGAAUCAACCGGUGCGUAAUGAAGAUUGUAAAGAUGCGAAAUUAUUAGAUCUUCAAAACGAAAUCGAACGCCUCAAGAAUUUGAUACUCCUGAAAGGCAACGGAAAAUUUGUACCAUCUGAAGAUAUUAAUCUAGAUGAUCUUGAUGAUCUGGACGAUACGUCUGAUAGUGGAGAAGAGACAGAAAACCAAAAACGUGAACGUGAGGAGCGUAUCGAAGAAGGAAAGAUGCAAGUUGACGAGUUGAGCAAGAAAUUACGCACGUUAGAGAAACAAAUGGUGCAUGGUGGGAAGAAUAUAGUUGAUAGUGUCAAUGAGAACGAAAUCCAAUUGGAGAAACAAAAGAAUGAAAUCGCAGCGAGGAAGAAACGCGAGAUUGAAAUGCAACAAGAGUUGGAACUUGAGGAAGAAUCCUGUUUGGAGUUAAAACAAGGAUUUCAAACAUUACAACAAGAAGUUGAUUUCAAACGCGAGAAAUUAAAGCGUUUACAUACGAAACUACAAAGUACUAAGCAGGAAAUUACGGAUAAUCACGAGAAUUAUUUAAAAGAACGUCAGGAAUUGAGUGAGGCUAAUGAAGAUGCUUCCAUGCAUUUGCGGCAAGCAUUUUUAGUGCUUGAAAACUUUGUGCCAUCAGAAGAACGUUCCAAGUUGUUGAACCUAGCUCAGUUUAACGAGGAUACUGAUAAUUGGGCAUUGAAGAAGGAAAAGCGAAGGUUUAACCCUUCGGAUCGUCCAAUUGCGCAUGAUUACCGAAGGCCUAUCUCAGAAUAUUCAAUAACACAUGCUAUUCCAACGAAUGGUCUGAGAUUUCGUGCUGAAAAUAUAUUAGAUCUCAAACUAGACCUGCCCCUGCGUACGACGCAGGACUACGUUAAACCAACGGUUUGCCCUCAGGUAAAGGCAGCGGUCAAGAAUGUGAUAAAACAAGACGCCGACAACAACCGCAUAGUGAUUAAACUGGCCCCGCACGGGUUUUCCGGGCGAGGCGUGUCGAAAACCGAACUGGAAGGGCGCUUCAAUAAGGCGGCGCGUAACACGGUCGAAGUAAACAAUUAUAAUAACGAAUUGCGUCCGAGUGCUAAGCGUGUGAUUGAGACUCAUCCUGAACUCCCGCUGCUAGAGAUGGACGACUAUGAGGAUUUCCACAUUCCUUACCUCCCUACCGAGCGGGAUAGAAAUUGGAUUCCUUGAAACUGCGCCAUGUUGGAUGUUAUUGAAUUUUAUAAGUUUUUCCAUGUGUGGUGGAGAGGUGAAUGUUGCUAAACAAGCAGAAAUUAGUAUCAUUGGAGUGAGGAUUUUGGGUGCCUUGCUCACAAGAUGUGCAAACAAGUCGAACAAACGAGAUGAGCAUGUUUCACCACCGCAGGGUUGUGUGGAUACGUGCCCGCACUGCCAAAGAUGUCGAGAAAUGCGAUGAGGGAUGAGUUAUUACACAAGUUGUGCGCGACACGUGUCGGCGCAGAUCGACCCAGCCAGCGUACCCGCCGCCUCCCUGUAUUGCAAAACCUUUGUACGUGGCUGGUACACGUUACGCGGUGUGCGCGUGCGGGCCCGGCCGACGUCACGACCGCCCCCGUCCGCUCGACGAGCGACUGAGCGAGCGGCGACGCGCAGACCUGUUAACCAGUGGUGCACGGGCCGGCCCGCCGACACGCUGUUUGCCGCUUCUGCCGUGCGCACCGUACAUGCGGCCGUCGCCGCCGCCGCCGCUGUUAUCGAAACGCGGUCAACGGAACGCGUCUUUCGCCGCCCCCGUCCGAAAAGUUCGCGCGCGCACCACGGCUCGCACGUCGUUCAUCAAUUCUCUCAAGCAGGUCAGUUUUAUGUGCGCCAGACGGCCGCUCUUAAUUAGCACAGUAAAAACAAAAAUCACACAAUUAUCCAGUUUUCUCAAACGUACAACAACAAACAAUUAGAUUACUCGAAAAACAAAAAAGUUUAACUCUAAACAUUCAUUUCAUUAAACAAUUAAACAGAUAAAUUUAAUAUUUAUCUAUUUUUUCAGAAUUUGCAAUUGAAAAUUUAUUAAUUUAAUUUAUAUUGAUGUGAAAUUGAUGCGAAUACAAAUUCAAUUUGAAUAGUAAUACGCUCAAAUUUGUAAAUUUCCUGGAUGUUGCAAAGCAAGAUGAAACGCACAAAAGGGGCAGGUGUAAAAUCAAUACGCUAAUAUUUAAUAUUUUAUCUUUGCGAUACGUAGCCUUAGCGUUGGUACAUGCACAUACUUUCUUUAUUACUUUCCCGCCACACUCGAAGCACUAAAAGUGUGCAAAGUGUUUUUGCUUAAUUUACAACGUCUGGCAGUGUCAAAGCACUUCAAUUCUAUGCUCUACUAUCAUUUAUUUAACGAUUAACUGUGCUAACUUUUUGUUUUAGACUUUUUUUACAUUAACAUCCAUCAUUUAGCGCGUUUUUCUUUCUGUCUGGGUCGAAGUAAGUCUUUUGGAAAAUAUGAGAACAAUAUGUGGAGGAUUUAACAUUUUUUCGUGCGACCCCGCCGGAAAAUCCUUUUUAUUUAUUAUGCCAUUUAUUUAAUCGAAUUUACUCUAUCACCAGACGAGCUUUAGCGCUCAUUUAUCUCUGAUAUUUUUUGUUUUUCACGCUUAUAUAGCAAUCCUGGCUUGCGUUUUUUGUGUGGCUUCUUGGUGGGUUUCGGGUUUAAUUAAAAUUUUACCCUCUGGAUUGGAGAUUAAUUAAGAUGCAUUUUUUGUUGUUGAAAUGUUUGUGUAUUUUAACACAUACAUAUGCGCAAAUAUAGAUUGUAGUGGCAUGGCAGACGGGAAACAAUCAAAUUUGGUCGUGAAACUGCAAACGGCGACUGGCGCCGCCACCAUUCCCAUGUUUCAGCGCUUGAAACAAGCGUGAAUGUGACGCUUCAAAUGAACAGUGUUGUUGCAGAGGAUUAAUUAAAAUCGGUUUUUGUGUGCCGCGCGCGUGGGAAACUUUCGCACUUUUGGUUGCGAAUGUCUGAAACAACUAAAAGUAUGGCGCAAUGGAGAGAAUUUGCAUUUUUACAUUUGCAUUUUAGCCUUAAUAAAGGGAAUAAAUCUCUUUGUGUGCAUAUAUGCAGAAAAACUAAAUUAAAUUCUAUAGAAUAAAUGAAUAAAAAGAAAUAGAAUUCAAAGCAUUUCAAACUAUGUUUGACUAUUAAUUAAUUUUUGUAUUAAAAAUUUUAAUAGGAACUGUAUUUGCCAAGCAUACAAUUUUUACCAGGUAUUGCCAUAUAAAAAUGCUUUCAUCAUUAAUUAAGUAAUUAAUUGGUUUUGUAUCAUAACUUUUAAGUAAACUGCUCCAUUACUUUAUAAACUAGUAAAGCGUAAACAUUUGUAUUUUAAAAAUGUAUUUUUAUAGUUCAUUGUACGCAAAACAUGAAAAAUACUCUCAAGCGCUACUAAAAUCUCCGUUUAUUGUACACAUGAUAUUUUCUUGCUCAUAAAACAAAAUAUCAUUUAAAUUUGGAAUAUUUUUUACCUUUUUGACCGCGUGUAAUAGAAUUUUACUUAGUAAGAAAAGAAAGCACCAUAUAUUUCCUAUUAUAGCGUGUAAUUUGGUUCGAAUGUAAUACAUUUUUCGCUCGAUUUUUAUUUUUAGUUUCAAUGCAUAAUCUACAAUCACAAACUUUAAUAUUGCGUCAAAGGAAAAAAAGUUAAAUCUAUUAUAUUGCAAGUUGCAAUUCUGCACGUGUUUUUUUACUUAAAAUGUUUUGUUUUUAACGCCACUUUAUCGCAUAUCGUGACUAAACGGGAGUUUUAGCAAAUGCGCAGGCGCAAGCAUCACCCCGUGACUAAAGCCUGUAACUAAAGUAUUUUAGUCAUGGCCUUGCUUGUCCAUGUUUUCACUUUUUGGGUCUCAAAACCAUAGAAAACUGAGGCUGUUUAGAUGAAAAUAGAAAAAAAAUAAUAAAACAUGAAAAUCUCUAAAUAUAAAAACAUCAAUUAAUAUUAUUUACCAGUAAAAUCACGUAAUCCAAAUAAUCACACAUGAAAUUGAAAGUUUUAUCCACCUAUGCACGAGUACGUAUUUUAUAUUUCCAAUUUGAAACAUCGAAACCGAGCGAAAUAAUUUACGCCCCAAUUAAACAUAUCCGCAUGCAAUAUAAAAUAUUGUGUAAUCAACUGUAUAAAUCUAUUUAAUGAUUUAACGUGUGUUAUUUAUCUCACUUAGCGCAUUAGACCGCUUCAGUUUCAAUUGUGUGGAUAUUCGACUUCGGUGGUAUCAUUGUGAAUUUUGAGUAAUCAUUUGCAUUAUGCCGCAAUGGGUAGCCCUGAAUGGGUAGCGCUAAAAUGGUAAUUCGUAAUUCGACGAGGGACUAUGAUCAUGAAUAUAGAGUUAAGUGUUGAAGCGGUGCAGACGAACCGAAUUGUUAUUUGCAUUGAAUUGAGUUGUUAUUAAACAAUUAAACUUAAAUUAUUCGCAAAUCACAAGACAAUAACAAAUUUUUGCAAUAUCUAUAAUUUAAAUAUGAAUCGCAAAAUCUGUUAGUAAGCGCAUAACUCAACAACGCUUAAACCAAUUUGGCCAAUUCUUUUUUUUAAAUGUUCGGUAAAGCCCAAGGAUGGUUUUUACGACAAGAAAAAUUCGAAUAAUUGCCGGGAAAACCCUAAAGACAGCCCUUUUCUAUAGGAUAAAAGUUAGCAUUGAAAUUCAAUCAUAGUUAUAGUUAAAUAGUUGAAUCCGAGAUGGCGCACUGAAGUCCAUUAUUAGCAAUUCUUAUAUAAUUAAUUUCUUUAAAAUAAAAUUGCGAAUCUUAUUGAUAGAAUAUAUAUAUUAGGGUGUCCGUUAUUUCCCAAAAUGGAUUUUAUUUUUCAGACGCCCCCCAAACUUUUAGAUUUUGACCUAAAAAAAAAUAUGAGACCCAUUUCAGCCCUUAAAAUUGAUAUUAAACCGUGCCUAAAUCAUAA